CCGCCUCUGCCACUGCCACCACAGCCGCCACGCCGCCAUUAGCCUGCCUCCGGAGCUGGCUAAGUGCUUUCCAGUGUCCGACGUGAAGGAGGAACAUUAGGGUAAAAGCCCACAUUACCGAGGCAAGCUGGAGUUCGCCCGCUACGGUCUCUUCAAGUUCUGCUGGCACUGUGGCACCGACCUCACCCAGCCUGGCACUCUCCCUCCGCCAGCAGAGCCACUUGACGCCUCGCUCCUUCACCACCACCACCACCACCACCAGGAGAUCGAGAUGAAGGCUGCCGAAGUAAACAGGGAACGCUUCGCCAUCAACAAGUCCUACAGCAUCGAGAAUGGCUACCCAGCACGCCGCCGCUCGCUGGUGGACGACGCAAAGUUCGAGUCGACGAUCAACAAGCAGCGGCAGCAGUCCUGGAUCGAGGAGGCCCAGCGUCUAUCCCGCGACGGGGAGGUGAGCGAGGAGGAGGUGUUCCUGGUGCAGAGUCCUGGGGAGCCCGACGCCCCGCAGACGGUGGCGCUGGUGGUGUCGCUGCUGGACGGCAUCUCGGCGCUGCCCCGCGUCAUCAAGACCAUCGAGAACUUCAAGGGCACCGUCGUCCACGUGGAGAGCCGCCCGGCGUCCCGCAAGGGGGUGGCUUUCGACGUUCUCUUCCGCAUCGACAUCCUGCGGGAGCCGUUGCUGAGCCUCCUGAAGAGCCUGCGUCAAGGCGCCUCCAUCGCCGCCGUCAGACUCCUCUCCGAGCACCACUCCUCCAUCAAGGAGCCAUGGUUCCCGAAGCACAUUAGCGAGCUGGACAUGUGUAACCACCUCAUGACCAAGUACGAGCCCGACCUGGACAUGGACCACCCCGGCUUCGCGGACCAGGAGUACCGCGCCCGGAGGAAGCAGAUCGCGGACAUCGCCUUCUCCUAUACUUACGGCGAGCCCAUCCCCCGCGUGGAGUACCGCCCCGAGGAGAUCGCUACCUGGGGCGCGGUGUUUCAUGAGCUGGACCGCCUGGUGCCCACCCACGCCUGCCGCCAGUACCGCGAGGUGUGGGACAUCCUGAAGAGGGAGUGCGGGUACGACGCCGACCAAAUCCCGCAGCUGGAAGACGUCUCGCGGUUCAUGAAGAAACGCACGGGGUUCAGCCUGAGGCCCGCCGCAGGACUUCUCACAGCGAGGGACUUCCUGGCUUCCCUCGCCUUCAGAGUGUUUCAGUGCACGCAGUACAUCCGCCACCACUCCUCGCCCCACCACUCCCCCGAGCCGGACGCCAUCCACGAGCUGCUGGGCCACGCGCCGCUUCUCGCCCAGCCCGCCUUCGCCCAGUUCUCGCAGGAGCUUGGCCUCGCCUCCCUCGGGGCCUCGGACGAAGAGAUUGAAAAGUUUGCAACGAUGUACUGGUUCACGGUGGAGUUCGGCCUGUGUCGGGAGAACGGCGAGGUGCGGGCGUGGGGCGCGGGCCUCCUCAGCAGCUUUGGUGAGCUGCAGCACUCGCUCUCCGACAAGCCUGAGAGACGCGAGUUCGAGCCCUCCCUGACCGCCGUGCAGCCGUACCAAGACCAGGAUUACCAAGACGUGUACUACGUGGCUGAGGGGGUGGAAGACGCCAUGGAGAAGUUCAGGCAAUGGACCUUCAAGACCCUGUCGCGGCCCUAUGAGGUGCACUACGACCCCUUCAGCCAGACGGUGCAGGUGCUGGACUCGGUGCACAAGCUGGAGGGCCUCGCCGCCUCGCUCAGCACGGAGGUCUCGCGGCUCAACAACUCCCUCGCCAAGAUGAAGUUCUGAGCGCCGCGCGGACACCAAGGACGAGGAGGGAAGAGGAGGAACUUGGGAACCUCAUCAGAAAUGUCUCAGUUGAGCGUAGAAAACACAGCCUUGGCCAAUACUGGCCCCACAUCAUAACGAAGAGUUGCCUGGCACCCAGGGCUGCCCUUCCUGCUCCCAUCAUCAGACCCUGGAGACAGUCGCCCCACCAAGAAUAAGACUUUUGAAGGAUUUUAUCAACACUAGUCAGACUUAGCUAUGAAGUCCAGUUGGGCGGGGUCUGCUCGGGAAGUCUCCUGGCCACAGUACUGGCAAACCCAACCUUCAGAGUAAGGACAGCCUUCAGAGUAGCUGUCAUUGCACAUGGAGGGGACAGAGGAAGUGACAUGGUGUCUUUCAUUGCUGACAAUGUUGGAAAGCAACUGUCACGUUUUAUGGAAUUUAUACAAUUCAUAGCUAUUAUUCUAAAAAGCGAGACAUUCAUAGCACUAUAUAGCUCUAUUGAAUGUGUACAGAAUAUUUAAUACACAAUAUCAAAUAGUAAAUAGCUGAUAUAUGGGAGAGAGUUAUAUAUUAGGGGUAAUACGGUAUCGCUGUGGAGAGGCUCGGGCCCCACCCAAAUGGACUUCAUAUAUGUGUCUAACUAUAACACUCCUUGUUGAUUUAAAGAUACUAAGGAGCAUCCUGCCUACGACUUAAACUCUUUCAAGAGGAGGGUAUCAGGACACCUCUCCUCCCGAAAUUGACCUAUCUUUCGGCCACCUCUUUGGAUUCUUUUUAGGAGCAGUGAGUAGCGGGCUUUUUUUUUAUUAAUGUUUGCUUUUUGUGUGCCCUUGAACUGUCUCCUUUGCUGUAAAAAAAAAAAAAAAAAAAAAAAGUCUACUCAUUCAGUCAACGGGUUAUGUUCCCACAGCGCUGAGUCACAUUGCACCUCACUCUCUGACAAUUUUAAAUCAUGGUAAAUAGAAAACAUUUGUGAGAAGUUGAUAAUGUAGCCCUUACUCAGGGUCUUGGGGUAAAUUACUUAGCCAAUUUGUUCGCUGUCGUUGCUGACUUUUCUCUUUUUUUUUUUUUCCAUGUCAUUCAUAGUAUUUUUCCAUUUCUCCAUCCCUUUCAAUCCAUUGCCUCUCCUAAUUUUCAGUACAGGUGAACCAAUUUAAAAUUCAUUAAUUAUAAUAGGAUUAUAAAUUAUAAUCCUAUAUUGAAUAAAUUGCAAGGUAGAGAACAAAAUGGGUUAAGCAAGAAGAAUGGUUUAUGUUGAAAGUGCUUUGAUAAAUAGGAAGAGGCGAGAUGUGAGGAAAAACUUACAUAGAAGGAUAGAAAGGAUUCUGCAGAGGAAAUGCAAAGGGAAAGAAAGUUAAAUGUCAGAAGAAAUGAAACUAACGAAGAGAGAGAGAGAGAGAGAGAGAGAGAGAGAGAGAGAGAGAGAGUUACCAUGUAGUCCCCUCCUGGUGACCUCCUUGAGUCGAGGCUGGCAAAAAGAGGUCACCUGGAGGUCACCUAAUGUUAGGGAUCAUCAUCAUCAACAGCCCAUAAUUUAUGGUCAUAUUUUAGAAAACCUCAGGAACCCCUGCCUGUCACAUAAGCACUUUUUUUUAAAUAGUACAUUUAGCACUUUUUUCAAAUAAAGGAACAGAACAGGAGACAGCCUUGCAAGCUUUCCCAGACUUUCUUCCCUAGACUGAUGCCUCUCAUUCAGUGUGUUCACGGUUCUCAGCAUGUUACUUUAAUUACUCUCAGUUUAAUUUGAAUUCCCAGGACUCAUACAUUUGCCGUGUUAUGUAGUAAUAGCUGUAUGUUUUUACCAGAUAACAAAUAUCCUGAAUAUUUACUUGAUUUUCAUUAAUGUUCAGAAAGUUAUGCCAAGUGCCAAAGUCUACUACUACCUAUAUGUACAGCGUUAAUGCUUUUCGCCUCUUGUUAAAUUGUAGUGGGAGCGAGGUCCCAGAUUCAGACUUGUUUUAUUCCUAUUUUACCAACUGAGAGCAAGCACAGGUGUCAAGGAGGUACUGCAGAAGCUCGAGUUAGUGAACUAAUUCAGCCAAGCACCAGUAUUAAGGGUAGAGCAGCCCUGAGAUGCACAGGUUGAAUUCAUCCAUCUGUCAAAUAUUGGCCCUGUUGUUUUGGGCUAAGGCAGAGAUUGCCAUUCAUGAGUACAUCACCCCAUUAAAUUCUCUUUAGAUUUCAUGGGGUAACGAGUGACCAUUUUUCUUCUUAAAUUAAACUGAUCUCUCACAUAGAACUCUACCUGUCAGGCUUCUAGAUGUCAGAAAUUGAAAUCCAAAAUUUAACCUCCGUGAUAACAGCAUAGUCUCCUCUGAGGGUUGUAUGAGCUGUAAAAGUCUUGAAAUAAUGAAAGAAAUUAGUUGUUCCUUCAAAAACAAUGUUUAUGUUACAGGAUGAGCCAGAGCUAUACUAAAUUAUCUUCAGCAAAAUUAAAACUGUCCUAAACCUUUGGGCACUUAAUAUGGAGUCCCCAAUUAAAACUUGCUAAAGCUUGGGGAUCUCAUUUAAGUAUAAUUUUUAAUGUCAAAUCCAUCGGGUUCUGGUUUUCUACUGUUUGGAGAUUAAACCCUCUUGUUGGCACUGAAGACCACCCAUCAACCCAGACUCUAGUCCAGCAUUUCCCAACCUGGGGGAAAUUUCAGGAUUCCAGGGGGGAAUUUUAACCUAAGGGAAAUAUCAGUUACUGGCAAUUAGUCGAUAGAGUUGAGGAUUACAUAAAAAGGGGUAAAAGAGGGAUGCGAGGACUUAGGUGUGCGAGAAAUGUAUAUUUUGAGAGGGAAAAUUGAAGACUCUUCUGUUAUGGCCACCCCCUUGGAGGGAGUUCCCGGCAGAAACAGGGCGUCAGAGCUAUUAAUUGAUUGAUUUGUGUCAUUAGGAAGUAAAUUUUGUGCUUGGCUACUAUUUGUUUAUUAAGUUAUUUGUGUUAUUAAGCAAGUAAAUUUUGUGUUUUGGC